GCCUGUGCAACAAUUCCGGGAACGCGUUCAGAUCGACGCGUCUCAAUAAACUCAAUGGCCGUGACUGAGAAACUGAUCCAGAGCGUCUCCGGUUACCCGGUGCUCUACAACGCGUCGCUGCACGAUUAUCGCAGUUCCGAGCGGCGCGUGAACGCGUGGAGGGAGGUCGCCGCGUGCGUCGGGCUCUCCGUGGUGGAGUGCAAGAGAAGAUGGAAGACCAUCAGGGACCGAUACAUCCGAGAGCGGAGACUCUGCAAGCUGAAGAGAGAAGAAGGAGGCCGGCGCCUGCAUUACUGGCCACACAGAGAAAGCCUCUCGUUCCUGGACAAUCACAUCCGGAAGAGGAAGAUUCCCAGUGAAGCCGAGGCUCUGGAGGAUCCGGACGACGGAAGCGCUCGCGAUUCGCCCGAGGAGUCGCUCGACGAGUCCAGCGGCGGAGACUCAAAGUCCAGCCUGGGAAACCAAGCAAAGAGUGACGGCAGGUUUGAGCCCAAGCAUCCGAUCAAAGCGGCGAUCCCGCUGACUCCCAUAAUGCCCCUGUCUAUCGUGGCUCAGCUCAAACCCCUGCAACACAUGAGGCCGCUGGUGUCCGGUCCUCCUCCGGGCCUGAAGGGGGCGCCGGCGUCCAGUUCAUCAGCGCAGCCCGCAGAGGAUCCGACACACACACGGGUCUCAGAGCAUCAGACACACACACGGGUCUCAGAGAACGAGCCUCUGAAGAGCGUCCAGAAAGCCUUGGAUGAGGACGAGCUGUUCCUCUUGAGUUUCGUCCCGGCCCUCAAAAGACUGACGCCGCAGAAAAGAGCCGCGGUUAAAAUGCAGAUCCAGAAGAUCAUGUUUGACGCAGAGUUCAAGGACCAGUGAACACACUGGUGUCGGACUCAAUACAAGUACAUGCAGCUUUACACUGGAGCCCGCAAACAUCUGACUGUCAAUUAUAGCCGAAAUUAUGACUGUCGAAAUUCUGACUUAAGACGUAAAAAAGUCAAAACUGACUUAAGUCAAAAUUGAGACUAUUUUCAGUGUACGGACUUCACGCUUCUUUUUUUCGUUAAUGUUACUCAGUUGUCCUGCAGCCGAGCCCAAUCUGGGUGUUUGG